ACCAAGAGUUUGUCCUGCGCCUACCCUGGUCUUGCACCAGUUCUGGAGAGACACAGGAGGGUCUCUUGUCCCUUUCCACUGUCUCAUCCUUUCUGCCACAUCUACUGCCUGGCUACACAACUAUCCCCAAGAGGGUUGCCCUACUGAAGACGGAACGACCAGCAGGACAAUGAUCACAGAGCAACAACGCUGUUAGAUUGCAGUUUUAAAUUGCGGACUACAGCAGUGUAGCUCAGGGUCUCCUGCCUGGUGCUAUAAAAUGGGGAGACAUUGGUAUUUGAUGCUAUGCGCCCUCAUGGGCCUGGCUUUCUUAGGCCUGCCUUUAAACACCAAGGCUCAGGAAGCACAAGAUUCUGCUGAUGUUGUGUUCUUAAUUGAUGGAUCACAGAACGUUGGAGCCGGCAACUUCCCUCACAUCCGCAGUCUGGCUCUAAGUAUCAUUGAGAGGCUUGCAGUGGGAAAAGAUGCAAUCCGAGUUGCUGUUGUUCAGUAUAGCACGGACCCUCAAGUUCAUUUCUAUCUAAAUAGUUAUGACAAUAAGGCUGCCAUUCUGGAUGUGGUCAAGGGGCUUAACUUCCAGGGUGGAGUGGAGGCAAAUUUGGGGGCAGCCCUGAAAGAAGUUGCAGAAAGCCUAUUGGGCCCAGAAGCAGGUGGCCGGGCUGAGGAUGGGAUACCUCAGGUUGUUGUGGUCAUCAGUGCUGGACCCUACAGUGAUGAUGUCAGUGAGGGCAGCAGGGCCCUUGAUUAUGCCAACGUAUUUGUAUUUCCACUCGGGGUUGGCAGUGCUGGCAAGGAAGAGCUGGAAGGCAUUGCCACGGAUAAGCAAUUUAUGUUAUCAGCCCCUGAUUUCAGAGCUAUAGACCAGCAGAGGGAUCCGCUGUUAUUGUACAUUAUCGGCGUGGCUCAGCGCACCAUUAUCUUAGAAACCAGUAUACCUGAAGCUCUGGAUGUUUCCAAGAGGGACAUCAUUUUUCUCAUAGACGGAAGUCAGAGCAUGGGGGCAACCCAUUUUAAUGCAGUCCGUGAUUUUAUCAAGCAGUUUGCUCAGUCUAUGCCCAUCAGCCCAGACCAGGUGCAAGUGGGUGUGGCCCAGUUCACCACGAGUCAAAAACUAGAAAUGAACCUGAACACCCAUGGCUCCCGGGAAGCCCUUACUGCAGCUGUUGCGAAGAUCCGCAUCAGAGGUGGGACAAAGGAGAUCAACACAGGAGCUGCCAUGGAUUUUGUACGGACCCAGAUGCUAAGGCCAGAAAGAGGGAGUCGGAUCCAGCAGGGCGUGCCUCAGUUGUUAGUGCUGGUGGCUUCCAAGAAAUCCAGAGAUGAUGUGGUUCAACCUGCGGAGCAGCUGAAGCAAAUGGAGGUCCUUAUCGUGGCAGUUGGCUCUAAAGCAGCUGAUGAGAGGGAGCUAAACCAGAUUGCAACCGCUCAGUCCUUGGUCCACAUGCUGAGGGAUUUCCGUCAAUUGAGUCGCAAUCCAAGAAAACUUAUAUCAUCUCUUUCAACAUUAUCUGUAAUUCCUAUACAUGGGACUGAAGUGCCUACAGAAACAGUCACUGAAGUAACGACGAUACAAACCCAGAGAAUUCUCAGAGACAUUGUCUUUCUUGUGGAUGGGUCAAAUUACGUCGGUGGUGCCAACCUGCCAUAUGUUCGUAACUUCAUCUCCAGUGUGGUAAACCAGCUUGAUGUGCGUCCUGACCGGGUGCGGAUUGGUCUGAUGCAGUUUGCAGGAAGUCAACGGACUGAGUUUUUUCUGAACACCUUCUCCAAUAAACAAGAUGUCCUAGAUGCUGUUGGUCGGUUUGACCUGAUUGGGGGUACCACUCUGAACACUGGGGCAGCACUGCAGUUUGCCUUGACAGAGCACUUUCAGCCUUCCGCUGGGUCCCGGAAAAGACAGAAAGUUCAGCAAAUGCUUGUUCUGAUCACUGCUGGCAAUCCUCAGGAUGAGUUUAAACGUGUGGCUGAUCAAGUUGCUCUGGCAGGAGUCAUGACCUUCGCGAUUGGCAUAGGCCAAGUGGAUGAAGACUUCCUGAGAACGGUUGCCUUUAUACCAGACCUGGCAUUCAUGGAGAGCAGUUUUAGUCGCCUGGAGAAUGUCGCUGCACAAAUCAUGACUCCUUUGAUAACAUUAGAAGGGGACACAGAUACUGUUCCUGGUCCAGGAGAAGCUACUGGCGGUGAGAGGGAUGUUGCCUUCCUGAUUGACGGUUCUGAUGCAGUUGCAAGUGAUUUUCCCAGUGUCAUCGACUUUAUUAAAAGAGUCAUUGAACCUCUAGAUGUUGGAAGCAAUAAGAUACGGAUUGCUGUGGCCCAACAUAGUGAAACACCAGCUCCUAACUUUUACUUGAACACUUACUCAACCAAAGAAGAAAUUAUGGCCGCUAUCAAUGGCAUGACUCCAACUGGAGGCCGUUAUCUGAACACUGGAGCAGCCUUAGUAUUCAUGAGGGACAUAAUCUUUUCACCUACGUAUGGCAGCAGAGCAGCAGAAAAUGUUCCUCAGUUUUUGAUAGUUCUGACAGGAGGGAGGUCAAGGGACAAUGUGAGAGAUCCAGCUGUGGCCCUGAAGACAGGGGGUGUUGUGCCCUUUGGAGUUGGUGUGAAAAAUGCCGACAGAAGUCAGAUAGAAGCCAUUUCUUACAACCCAGCCUUUGCAUUCAGCGUCAAAGAAUUCAGCCAACUGAACACCGUCCAGCAGCGGCUUGGAAGUUAUAUCAACCUUCCUAAAGAAAACUUAGAAGUUAUUCUGCGUGAAGAUCCCCAAGGUCCAAAGAAAGAUAUUGUCUUUGUGAUCGACACUUCGGAUUAUGUGGCUGGUGAUUUCCCAGUCAUUCAAGAAUUCAUCCGCAGAGUUUUAGAGAGUCUCAACGUUGGAGAAAACAGGAUUCGAGUUGGAGUUUUGCAAUAUAGUGAUGAUCCUUAUGUAGACCUGUAUCUGAACUCGCACACAACUAAAGAAGGUGUCUUAAAUGCUGUUAAGGGAUUGAGGCAUAAAGGUGGGAGAAGGCGCAACUUGGGAAAGGCAUUAGAAUUUGUCAGUCGUAACGUCAUAGUCCCUAGUCGUGGCAGCAGAAAAGAAGAAGGAGUCCCCCAGUUUUUGAUCGUAAUUACAGGUGGAAGUUCCUCCGAUGAUGUGAAAGCUUCAGCCACUAAUUUGAAACAGUCAGGAGUAAUACCUUUCAGUAUUGGAAGCAGCAGUGUGGACACCCAGGAGCUGCGCACAAUCUCCUAUGUUGCGGACUUUUCAUAUUCAGUGACGAAUUUAAAAGAGCUAUACCCCAUCCAGCAGAGGCUCAUCUCCUCCCUGACAGAACUCUCUAAUGAAGACAUUUCCCGAAUGCAACCCGAAUUUCCUGUGUUAGAGACUCCACGUGGAGACAAACGAGAUGUGGUCUUUCUUGUGGAUGGUUCCUCUGCUGUUAGCAGUGAGUUCCCCAGCAUCCGAGACAUGAUUGAAAGAAUUGUCAGACAGCUGGAUGUGGGCUUGGAUAGGGUGAGGAUUUCAGUUGUACAAUACAGUGAUAACCCUAAGGUGGAGUUCCUCCUGAAUGAACAUUCAACCAAGCAGGAAGUUGUCAAUGGGAUCAGGAGAAUCAGGAAUAAGGGAGGAAACAUUCUUAACACAGGCCAAGCUUUGAACUGGGUUUCCAGAAAUGUCUUUCAGAGGUCUUAUGGAAGCAGGAUUGAAGAUGGAGUCCCUCAGUUUUUGAUAUUGGUAACAGGAGGAAAAUCUUCAGAUGAUGUCUCUGGUCCUGCAAACCAACUAAAGAGGAAUCGAAUUGCUCCUUUUGCUAUUGGUGCAAGGACUUCCAGUACAGAGGAGCUGAACCUUAUCGCUUUAAAACCUGAAUUUGCUUACUCCAUCAGAGAUUUUCAACAGCUCCAAGGGAUUGAGCAACAGAUGUUGGCAGCAGUUAGGACCAUAACCACAUCAGAUAUUUCCGGACAUUAUGUUCCAGUUGAUGGCAGAGUUUCUGCUGAUAUUGGAAAAAGAGAUGUUAUUUUCCUUGUGGAUGGAUCAGACAACGUUGGCUCCACUGGUAUUGCACACAUUCGAGACUUUGUGCUAAAAGUGCUCCAGCAACUUGAUGUUCAACCUGACCAAGUCCGUGUAGGACUAGUACAGUACAGUGACAGACAGAAGACAGAGUUCUCUCUGAACUCUCAUAACACCAAGUCUGCUGUGCUGUCUGCAGUCAAGAGACUCCGCAACAUAGGAGGCCGCUCCGCAGACUUAGGUGAAGGAAUAAAGUAUGUCUUACAGAAUGAGUUAAAGGAAUCUACUGGUGUUAGGCUUACUGAGGCCUCUCAGCACUUGGUAGUGCUCACUGGUGGAAAGUCUCCAAGUGAUGUAUCAUUUUAUGGUCCACUACUGAAGGGGUCCAAAGUGAAUUGCAUAGGAAUAGGUAGCAGUGGUGCAGACCCCAGUCAACUUGCUCAGAUUGCUACCAGCCCUGCUGAUGUUCUUCAGGUACCCUCCUUCCCAAACUUACCUAGCAUUCAGGACAGAUUCAUUGCUAGGCUCAACGGGACAUUUAUGGAGAUCCCUACAGAAACAGAAAUAACUGAAGAUCCAAUACCUGUGAAAACCGCAGACAUCGUAUUUUUAGUUGAUGGUUCAAUGAACUUGGGCAAGAACAAUUUCAGAGAAGUCAUGGAGUUUAUUCUAAACCUCAUUGAUCUCUUUUUUACCGAGAGAGAUAACCUACAGUUUGGACUUGCCCAUUAUGCAGCAGAUGUGACGGAUGUUUUUUUCCUCAAUACUUAUAAGAACAAAGACGAUAUUAUUGAUGCUAUCACCAGGACUGAAUAUAAAGGAGGAAGGAGAAUCAACACUGGUGCUGCCAUUAAACAUGUCCAGCAGAAUCACUUUGUCAAGGAGAAAGGAAGCAGAAAGGAUGAAGGUGUUCCCCAGAUUUUGAUGAUAGUCAAGGGAGGAAGGUCUCAGGAUGAUGGGAAGUCGGCUGCCUUAGCCCUCAAAACAGCAGGGGUCCGAAUUUAUGCAAUUGGAGUGGGAGACAUUGAAGAUGAGCUCAACAGCCUUGCUAGUGAGCCAAGCACAGUAGCCAGAGCCAGUACUUUUCAGGAGCUUUCUGAGCUAAAUGAACAAAUCUUAGAGACACUGGAUGAUGAAGUGAAAGGUGUUAAAGUGUGCACUGAUUCACAAGAUGCUUUAAAGGGCUGCAAACUUGAGGUCAUAAUUGGCUUUGAUGUCGAUGCACAGAACAUAUUUGCUGCUCAGAGAUCUCUGGAAUCGAAGAUGGGUGCCAUUCUUCAACGUAUCAUGCAGGUUCCGCCUAUUAGCUGUUCUGCUGAACAGUCUCCUUCCAUCCUUGUUGGUAUGUUGGCUAUGGACUCCGCAUCUGAGCCUGUUCAGCUUGAUUUCACAGACAACCACUCCCAGCUCUUCCAGUUCUUCAGAGACCUGCGAAAUCGAGGUCCAUAUAACCUCAAUGCUGGAACCAUCAAUGCCUACAAUUCAAUGUUCCAAAACAGAGCCUCAGAUGUUGUCAAGGUUGUGAUUCACCUAACGGAUGGUCUAGAUGAGCAGUAUGCAAGGAUUAAAGAGCGUGUUGAGGCUCUUCGACUGGCAGGUGUGAACAGUUUCAUCCUAGUAGGACUUGAGAGAGUCCCGAGAUUUGAUGAAGCUGUUCUGCUGGAGUUUGGCCGUGGCUUCAGAUACACUAGGCCUCUGCGAGUUAAUUUGCUUGAUGUGGACUAUGAAAUUGCUGAGGAACUGGACAAUGUAGCAGAACGGGAAUGCUGUUCUGUUGCAUGUAAGUGCACUGGGCAAAGAGGUGAUCGAGGAACAGCAGGUCCACCAGGAAUAAAGGGUGUACCAGGAGGUCAGGGUUACAGAGGACACCCAGGUGAUGAAGGAGGACCUGGAGAAAGAGGUCCACCCGGUGUGAAUGGAACCCAGGGUUUCCAGGGCUGUCCAGGGCCAAGGGGCCCCAAGGGCUCCAGAGGAUACUCUGGGGAAAAGGGCGAAUCUGGAGAAAUUGGUUUGGAUGGAAUUAAUGGAGAAGAGGGACAAAGAGGAGUAGCAGGACCUCCAGGAGAGAGAGGGAAUCAUGGGGGAAGGGGUCCAAAAGGAGCCAAAGGACAAGCUGGAGAUGGAGGGGCUCCUGGCAUUCGAGGAGACCCUGGUGCCCCGGGAACAGAUAAUACACAAAGAGGACCAAAGGGAGACAAAGGAGAUAUGGGACCUGUGGGAGAUCCAGGAGAGGAUGGGACAAAAGGCAGUCCUGGUGAACCAGGCAGGAAGGGUUCAAAUGGAAGACGUGGACCUCCUGGACAACCUGGAACAGCUGGACAACCUGGAGCAAAUGGUGAAUCAGGAGAGCCUGGCAUUGGAGGAUCUCGGGGUCCAGCAGGACCCAUUGGAGCCCCUGGCCUUCGUGGUGAGGAUGGAAACCCAGGGCCCAGGGGGCCAGGAGGAAUUCCAGGACCCCAAGGAGACAAGGGAAGAAGGGGCACUGUGGGCCGCAAGGGUGAGCCAGGAGAGCCAGGCCCCCGAGGAGAGUCUGGACAACUGGGACCUCGGGGAGAGCCUGGAGAAGAUGGACGCGAUGGGUUUGGAAUCCCUGGUCCCAAAGGAAGAAAGGGUGAUGAAGGAUUCCCUGGAUUCCCAGGACCAAAGGGCUUAGCAGGAGAUCCAGGGUCCAAAGGUGGACCUGGUCCCAAAGGAAACCGUGGACAGAGGGGCACCUCUGGGGAUGCUGGCCCACCAGGUCAAAAGGGAGAAAUUGGGCCUAGUGGACCAUACGGUUCAAAGGGACCACGGGGACCUAGCGUCGUGCAAUGUGACCUGGUCAAGAAAAUUAAAGAUAACUGCCCUUGCUGUUAUGGUGUUCAGGAAUGCCCACUGUAUCCCACAGAGCUAGCAUUUGCUCUGGAUUCAUCAGUAGAUGUGUCUCGCUCAUCCUUCGACAAUUUGCGGCAAGCAGUGCUACGACUGGUGCAAAAUAUUACUGUUUCUGAGAGCAACUGUCCACGAGGAGCGCGGGUUGCCCUGACGCUGUACAACAGCGAGGUGACCACAGAGAUCCGCUUUGCUGAUGCACUGAAGAAAAAAAGUCUGCUCCAACGCAUCGAGGGCUUGCAAGCGCUACAGACCAGCAAAAGGCGCAAGCUGGACGCUGCUAUGACUUUCCUAGCACACAACACCUUCAAACGUGUGCGCAGUGGCUUCCUUACACGCAAAGUAGCAGUCUUUUUUGUCAAUGGUCAGAUUGAGACGCCCCUAUCUGACCUGAGUACUGCAGCACUCCGUCUAUAUGAUGCUGGCAUUGCAUCUGUUUUCAUCACCAACCGUGGAUACCCGCGUCUCUCCCAAGCUGUGCAGGUCAACAACACAGCACUUGCUGAAGUCAUAGUUCUUCCCCAGCCUGGCAGUCCACAGUACAACGCCACAAUUAACAAGAUCAUAAACUGUCACAUCUGCCAUGACUUCUGUGCACCUGACCAGAGCUGCAGCUACAUCCCUCCCCAACCAAGCAGAGAAAGAAGGUCAUCUACCACUGACCUGGAUAUUGACAUUGCUGUUUUGAUGGAUAGUUCUAAGACCACAUGGCCUGCAGUCUUUGUGGAAAUGAAGCACUACAUCUCCCAUCUUAUUGACCACCUGGAGAUUUCUGCCAACCCCAAGACCUCUCUCCACCAUGCACGUGUGGCCAUUGUGCAGCAUUCUCCAUAUGAGUUCACACACAACGGGAGCACUGUGCCUGUGCAGGUGGACAUCAGCCUGACUGACCACGGCUCCAAGGAUGACCUUAAGCACUUCUUGCAGACAAAGGUCCUUCAGCUAGAGGGUGAGCGUGCCCUGGGCAGUGCGAUUGAGUACACAAUUGAGCACGUCUUCGAAAAGGCACCUCACCCCCGUGACCUCAAAGCUAUUAUGCUGAUGGUAACUGGCCCUCUGAUGGAGGAAGAGGAGGAAAGGCUUGUGCGCAUCGCUACUGACGCCAAGUGCAAGGGCUACAUCCUGAUUGUCUUUGGUGUGGGUGAUCGUCUGCGAGCCAGUGAUGUCCAAAUCCUGUCCAGGCUGGCCAGUGAACCUUCCAGUGUUUUCUUCAAGCGGAUUGAAAGCACCACCCAGUUCUAUGACGAGUACAUUCAGCGCUUUGGACGUCUGCUUCCCAAAUAUUUGAGCACUGAGAAUGCUUUACACAUGUCAUCAGAAGUUUCCAAGAACUGCAAAUGGUUUCAGGGUGACCAGCCUAGUAAAUCAUCUGUUCAGCCAUCCCACAAACUAGGGCAAGAGAAAGAUCAGAAACACCAUGAAAAACAUACACAUUCAAGAAAGCCGAAAGAAUGGCCAGCAGAAGAGCUACAUGUAUCAAACGUCACCUCCAACAGUUUGGUGCUACGAUGGACAGCCCCAAACACAGACACCCAGGGUCACUACCAUGUGAUUGUAACUCGUCUGCGGGACCAUACCCUGGUACUGCGUGAAAAUGUGACCAGCACACAGUUCCCUCUGGCAGGGCUGGAUAGUGCACAGACGUAUCAUGCAGUGGUCACAGCCUAUGUUCAUGGCCAAGUUGUUGCGGUUUACAAGGGCAUCAUCACAACCAAAGCUGCAGAGGAAAAGGUGGACGGCCCACUUGAAAAUCCAAUGAUCAUUUCCACAGCUUCUUUGGAUCAGCCAGAAAUAGCUCAAAUACAACAAAGCACAGAGGAGGGACAGAGUGAAGCACAACAGGUCCAAGUUACCAGCAUCUGCCAGCUUCCUAAGGAAGAGGGCCCCUGUGCCAAGUUUGUUCUCCAGUGGCACUAUGAUUUCCCCAGUAAGAGUUGUGCCCGCUUCUGGUAUGGUGGCUGUGGGGGAAACCAGAACCGCUUUGAGACCCAGGACGAGUGUGAAAGGACUUGUGGGAAAGCAGCACCUCUCAAACAAGGACUUGGAGAAGCCAUAAGAACAUAAAACAACAUGAAUGAAGAACCAGGUUUUACCUCUGCAGGUGUUUAUUGACCAGCAAGAAGCCAAAAUAGAGAAAUGGUGACUGCACUGACCCUAUAAUAGAAUUUCAUAUGAUAAAACCCUUGAAGCUGAUUUUUUUUCUCCAUCACAAAAAAAAGAUUUGAUAAAUUGACAUCAAACGGGUGCUAUUAGUAUUUUAUGAUGGAAGAUCUUAAAAUAGUUUGUUCUGUAAAAUAUUUGUAACAUUUGAACUAAAUGGUUUCAUUUUUGUAGAAUUUCUCUUAUCAGUAAAAAAAAAAAAAAAAUCAUUGUUCAUAUACAUACAUGAUUUUUUUUUGAAUUAUAGUAUGAAAAAUAACCACUCUUUGCUAUUGGUAAAAGCCUUACUACCACAACAUCAUUUUUUCCAGUUCUGGUUAAUUUCACUAAAUUCUUUAAAAACAUUAUUCACACUGAUUUAGAUCGUAAGUUAGUUUACAUAUCUCCAUGUGUAUAUGAUGACAGCAGUCUUUGUUCAGUAUGGUAGGUAAACUUCAUAUAUUGUAAAUCCACCUCAAGCACAUUGCCCAGUUCUUAAAAAUGGAAUGUAUUUGUCAAAAUGUUGAAUUUUUAUUUUCAAUACUGUGUUAGACUGGGUAAGGGAAUAAAAAAGGCUUUCUAAUGAAAA